AUGGAGAGAACCUGCUUGGGUAGUGAAGGAGACAAUUCAAGUGGCUUUUUAUGGCCUCAAAGAAACUACACAUGCAGCUUCUGCAAAAGGCAGUUCAACUCAGCUCAAGCUCUUGGAGGUCACAUGAACGUCCACAGGAGAGACAGAGCCAUGUUGAUACAUCUACCUUCAUGGGUUUUUGAUGAAUGUCCAAACCCUAAACCUAAUCUUUCUUCCUCUUCUUCUUUACCUUCACCUCGUAGUACUUCAACUAAGUUGGCGUCGUCAUGCCCUUGUACUCACCAUCCCUUGCUUUCUCCAACGGCCACUUCUUUCUCUUCUUCACCAUCUUACCAGGAGAAGGCUUCCACUGCACUUGAAUGUCCUCAACGCUACUGUUCUACUCCUCUGAGUGAAGCUCUAACGAAGAAGAAGAAGAAAAGGAGCAUUCGAGCGGUGGUUGAGGUUGAAGAAAUCAAGAAGGGUUUUGCACAGAAAUGUGAGCUUGAGGUUUUGAAGAAAAGUGAAGUUAUAAGCUUGGAGUUGGAGAUAGGGUGUAAAGAUCCAAAGGAGGUUUUGGAUUUGGAGCUUCGACUCGGUUGUUUCUAGUUGUUGUACAUUAAUUGAUCUUUGUCUUUGAUUUCAUCGAUAGCUUCUUCUAGUGCUGCAGUCUCAAGCACCAAACCGUAGUUACAGAGAAGAUGCUUUGAGAAGUUACUAAUGAUUAUGGAGUAUCAAAGAUCAAAUUAAGUGAAGAUUAGUGUUUGCAGAGAGUCUCAUAAUGAAGAUUUCUCACUACUCAACCAGCUGAUGAGUACGUACCCUUCUCAAUUAAUUAAUUAAUUCUUGUAUUUCCUUUUGUAAUCUAUCUUCUCUAUAUAU